AUGGCGCAGCAUAACUCCAUCAAAGUCCCAUCGCAGGCGGUUCGUGUUGCGCUGUCUUGGCUGUAUAAUGGCUCCAACGUCUACGAGAAAUUUGAACGUACCAUUUCAGAUAUUGAGAUGUGGGGCCACACUCGCACUCUAGUACCUAAGAGUCGGAAUGGUGCUUCUCCUGGUCGCCAAAGAGAGGUAUUGAUGAGGAGAGAACGCCAGACAGCCAGAUCAAGGAGACUUCGACUCAAAGCUCGAACGAAUGUCGGUGCAAGGCCGCCUGACUCUUCAGGCAUGUACCACCUAACACCUGAGGUAAUUACCUUGGUUGCUUGGAUCGGUAUCUCAGGUAAGGCAGCUAGGUCCUCGCCUGCUCGCCUUCUGAAGCUUGCAUCUCUCCCUCGAAAGAUCUGGGCGUCAACUGUAAUUGCCGUUCUUCGAUUUCAUGGGCUUAUCGAGGCUUGGAGGUUUCAAGCUGGCUGGCAGCUGGGUUGGGUUCUCUUGUGGGGUCGCAUGUACAGGGAGAGGAAAGGAUUUGAAGGAUGCCCGUGUCUUGUCCUCGCGAAUCACACUCUUUGGGCUGGAUCACGCAUUGAUUGUCCUGCCCAGGCGUUUUAUCUCCCUCGGAACAUCAGGAAAGCCACUAGCUUUCUGCGCGGAACGCUGUCCCACAAGACAUUGGUGCUGAUCAUCGACCUACUCAUCAAGCCUCUCCUUACGGUUCGUGGGUUGCCCGAGUCACGGAAGCGCAGCCACCACCAUGUGAGAGUCUUCUAAUACGGUACAGUACAUACUUUUGCAUAAACUAUCCCAUCCCAGCACAGCGCA